GAAGUGCAAACACGCGUUCUCUUUUCCGCCUGUGUUCGCAGCGCAGCGGCACAUGUGCGAGUGAAAUCAUAAUAUUUGAUCAAAAUGCGCAUCGAGAAGUGCUAUUUCUGCUCGGCUCCGGUUUAUCCGGGACACGGAAUGAUGUUUGUUCGUAACGACUGUAAGGUUUUCAGGUUCUGCCGGUCCAAAUGCCACAAAAACUUCAAGAAGAAGCGAAACCCAAGAAAGACCAGAUGGACCAAAGCGUUCAGGAAGUCGGCGGGCAAAGAGCUGACGGUGGAUAACUCACUGGAGUUUGAGAAGCGCAGAAAUAUUCCUGUCAAAUACAACAGAGAGCUCUGGAGCAAGACCGUGGAGGCCAUGAAGAAGGUUGAAGCCAUCAAAAACAAACGGCAGGCGCGCUUCAUCAUCAACAGGUUGAAGAAGGGCAAAGAGCUGGAGAAGGCAGCAGACAUCAGUGAAGUCAAGAAGAACAUUCACCUCAUCAGAGCUCCACACGCAGGUCAAGCUAAACAGCUGGAAGACAAGAUGGUCCAAAAAUUGGCAGAAGAUGUGGAAAUGGAUGAGUGAAGCAAAGAAAACGCUUUACAUUUGGACUUUCAGAAUGUUUCUGCUUUGAAUUGUUGAGAAUUGCAAAUGUCGUCACUCCUGAUCUGCGACAGGAUGGAGUCAGCAGGAUCUGCAGGUUUCUCCUGAAUAAUUCCACUUCAACGUUUCCUUCCUGUUGGUCUAGUGGCUGAAUAUUAUUUUGGACAUUGUGUUAGCUGUCCAUCCACCUCAUUAUAUAAAUGAACUUUGUGCAAAAUAUGAUUUCAGUUAAAUGCAUUUUGAAAAUGUAAAAUUACAUUUUCAUGUUUCUAAAAGCUUUGUUGCCACCAAUAAGCUGUGAAAUGUGAGAAAUAUCCAUUAUUUUGUCAAAAGUUAAUUAGGCCUAAAACAUUAAAUAUCAAGUAAACACAUUUACCCAAAAAAAUGUAAA